AUGGCCCCCACAGCUGAAGCAUAUGUUGUGGAGAUUCCGAUCAAGCUUGCGAGCAAAGCAUUGAAUAUUCUGAAACCAGUGCUCUCAACAGAUGGCCGACUUUCGAAUUCAUACCCGUUCUUGCGACGAUUCGUAACCACCCCACGUCUACCGCCAACGCUGGGCGAUGGUGUUCUUGAAUCGCCAGAUGAUCAUGCCACUAUUCACCUCCUCAUACCCCCUCCAUUGCCGCUGAACUCUGAUGACAUAACCACCGUUCUCCGGCCUAACAUCCAUUCCGAGUCGCUGCCGAUCAUCAGAACCACCCUUGUUCCUCUUGAUCCUCCUACAACAGUCGAACAAGCCGCCCUGUGGUCCGAGAGAUACUGGCCAUGCACCUUCAACCCUGCAUCUCAGACAAUCCAAAAAGCCCCACCGUUGCGUAUUCUACGAACGACACAAGCAGAGCUCGACAAACCGGCGAAUCUGAAGUCAUACUUCAGCCUUGCGGAACGUGCUGCUGCUGAAUGUGCAGACGGAGCACUAGGCAGGAGGGUUGCUGCCGUGAUCGUCGAUCCCGAAAAGCUAGAAGUCCUCGCUGUAGCAAGCGAUGCACGGUGGUACGGACAGCGCCACGAUCCCAGCACAGCGGAGAAUCAUCAUCACAACUUAGCCGAAGGCAGACCCGAGCACCACGCACUGAUGCGAGCAAUCGCAAUGGUGGCGGAGAAGGAAGCACAUCGAGGAAACGACAACGAGAACUCCAGAAAUACAGCAGCGGAAGAACACACCGUCAACCUUGGGGGUAGAGCCGUGACACUAAUCGAGAGACUCUAUGCCCAAGCACCGCACUUCCGCAACCACCCCCAUCAAAGCUUGCAACCAGUCGCACCGAACCCCCAAUCUGCCCCAAGACCAGACGUCUACCUCUGCAACGGUCUAGACGUCUACCUCACCCACGAACCAUGUGUCGCGUGCUCCAUGGCGAUGAUCCACUCUCGGUUCCGCGUCUGUGUCUUCCGACGGAGGAUGCCGAAGACGGGAGGGCUGUGGGCCGAAAAGGACGAUCUGGGUAGUGACGGAAAGGGGUUGGGAUAUGGGCUGUUUUGGAGGAGGGAGCUGAACUGGAGGGUGCUGACUUUUCAGUACUUGCCGCCACUACAGGGCGGUGGCGAGGAUGGAUGUGGGGAGGCGGCGGGAGUAGGGGAAAAUGGGGCCUAUGAUGGUGGAGCAGCGGUAUUUCAUGCGUGA